GGGGAGAAAGGGAACCUGAAUUCAGCCUGCGUUUUUCAGCAUUUAUAAUCAUCCAACAAGCCCUGGCAUAAACACCUCCUCUCUCCUUGCUGUCGCCAGUCUCGUCAGUUUGGCUCCUGUUGCCUUGGAAGUUCUUUUAUUUUUUUUAAAUCCAUUUUUGCAUCAAAGGAAGAGGGUGGGCACGAGCUUGCCUUAAUAAAGAUAAUGCCAGGCUUUACGAAAUCGGGAGGUGAAAUGCAAUAACUUUGCCAAAAUGAUUUCUCUACAUGGCUCGGAGAUCCUGGAGGAGCAGAUGGUGGAGUUAGCAGAGCCCAGUGAGAUUCAGAAGACACACGCUUACCUGCCUGCUCAGGAGACAGAAAUUGGCUGUUCCCUCAGAGAAGCUGAAAAGAAGCCUGUGCAGCAGCCGCGAGAGCCUUGAGAACUCUUUUGGCGUGAGGAGGCGAUGGCUGCUGGAGGGAGGUGAACACACCGAGCGAUGGCUUCCGCCCGGGGCAGGAUGUGCCACUAGACCGCCAUGGACACCGCCCCCGGCGCAGGCCUGCAGCUGCAGCAGCUUCCGCCCGCCAGCAGCGCCACCUCCGUGAGCGUGAGCGAGGGCUCCUUCUCCUAUAAGGAAAACCUGAUUGGCGCCCUCUUGGCGAUUUUUGGACACCUUGUGGUCAGCAUUGCACUUAACCUCCAGAAGUACUGCCACAUCCGCCUGGCUGGCUCCAAGGACGCCCGGGCCUAUUUCAAGACCAAGACAUGGUGGCUGGGCCUGUUCCUGAUGCUGCUGGGAGAGCUGGGGGUGUUCGCCUCCUACGCCUUCGCCCCACUGUCGCUGAUUGUGCCCCUCAGCGCAGUCUCAGUGAUAGCUAGCGCCAUCAUAGGAAUCAUAUUCAUCAAAGAAAAAUGGAAACCGAAAGACUUUCUGAGACGCUACAUCUUGUCUUUCAUUGGCUGUGGUUUGGCUAUCGUGGGCACCUACCUGCUGGUGACAUUCGCACCCAACAGUCACGAGAAGAUGACGGGUGAGAACAUCACCAGGCACCUCGUGAGCUGGCCUUUUCUCCUGUACAUGCUGGUGGAGAUCGUCCUCUUCUGCUUGCUGCUGUAUUUCUACAAGGAGAAGAACGCCACCAACAUCAUCGUCAUUCUCCUCUUGGUGGCCUUGCUCGGCUCCAUGACAGUGGUGACGGUCAAGGCCGUGGCUGGGAUGCUGGUCCUGUCCAUCCAAGGGAACCUGCAGCUCGACUACCCCAUCUUCUACGUGAUGUUCGUGUGCAUGGUAGCCACCGCCGUCUACCAGGCUGCGUUUUUAAGUCAAGCUUCACAGAUCUAUGACUCCUCACUGAUCGCCAGUGUGGGCUACAUUCUGUCCACCACUGUGGCCAUCACAGCAGGUGCGGUAUUUUACCUAGACUUCGUCGGGGAGGACGCGCUGCACAUCUGCAUGUUUGCACUGGGGUGCCUCAUCGCCUUCUUGGGUGUCUUCUUAAUCACGCGGAACAGGAAGAAGGCCAUUCCAUUUGAGCCCUACAUCUCCAUGGAUGCCAUGCCAGGGAUGCAAAACAUGCACGACAAAGGCAUGACAGUCCAGCCUGACCUCAAAGCUUCUUUUUCCUACGGAGCCCUGGAAAACAACGACAACAUAUCUGAGAUCUAUGCCCCUGCCACGCUGCCAGUCAUGCAAGAAGAGCACAGCUCCAGAGGCACCCCAGGGGUUCCCUACCGCGUCCUGGAGCACAGCAAGAAAGAAUGAGCCACCUCCGAGUGACUGGCUUCUUCCGCACUGUUCAGAUCAGGCUGAUGGUGGCUCUGACCUUUCACUCCACAACUCGCCUUCCCGUCUUGUUUUUCAGACUGCAAGCUGUAUGGAAGCGGACCUUGGAAAGCCUUGGUCUCUGGAAGACCACCACAUUCCCUGGGUCUUGGAAAUUUCAGAUAUAGACAGGGGCAGGGUUUGGGUGAAAGCAGAAUUCCAGGUGGGCUUGGCCUUGAGAGAUUGGAGGCCUUUUCACCUCCUUGGAGACGGUCCCUGGGCCUCACCAGCCAGGGGCCAAAGCCAACGCCACAUGCUCAGAGUGAAAGCAAGACAGGUUCCACCUGACUUCAGUCUGGAGUCAGCGAACGCUGGCCUCCCUCCCCCUCGCACACAGGCCUUGUCCCUGCCGCCUCACUUGGGAAUCCCUGUUUUUGACAAUAUCCAUGUCCCCCUUUUACACAGCACAGUGGGCCAGCCCCUAACACGCAGUCAUUGGCAUCUUGGCAGUGCCCCUCUGCCUUCAUCCGUGCCCCUCCAAUGAAGGUGGAUGGUGUGUCCUUUUGUAUUUGGUUUGGUUUGGUUUGGUUUCAUUUGGUUUUUGAGACAAGGUCUUACUAUUUCGUUCAGACCCUCCUUGAACUACUGUAAUUUUGGACCAUCUCUGAAAACAAACCUGGUUUUAGUUCUCUGGGAACGACCUGACCCCCCGCCCCCCAAGGACCUGGGAAGUUAACAGAAGAAAGAGAAAAAAUAAGAGGGAUGGGAGCCAGGGUGAUGAUCCUCGAGCCCAUCCAGGAAGAAAAGUCCUUCUUCAUCUUCCUGUCCGUCCUUGUAAAUCAGAGUCAGGAAAUCUGGCUGCUUGAUGGGUUCCUUUUUUUCUGCACACAGGCACCCUCUGGGAAGAUUGAGGGGCUCACUUUAAAACCAGCCUCUCCUUCCCUUCCAUCCCUCCUUUAGAGACCCACAAAUCAUGGCGGAGCUGCUGGUUCCCUUCCCUGCAGUCGGAGACCAUGUGGGUCGUUGGCUGUGAGCACUUCGAUGCAGCGAGGCCUGCACACGUGACCCUUCCCCUAGGCCAGUGAUGGCGAACCUAUGGCACGCGUGCCACAGCUGGCCUUUUAUAUCACUGAAAGCUCUAAAAGGUUCACCAUCGCUGCCCUAGGCCGUCCAUUUCUGAGAAUGGCAGGAAAGGUUUGCAAACUUUAAUAAGCAAGAGGAUCCCCUAGGAGUUUAUUUAAAAUACAGAUUCUUAUGCCUCCACUGUGGCGACUCAGGGUACGUUAGACUGGGAUAGAACCUAAGCAUCUGCAUUUUUAACUGGCUCCACCAGGGAUUCUAGCACUAAUAACCCCUCAAACGCCUGCUUGUGGGAAGACGGCCACCAAGGUCCGUAAGGUCCAUGUCCCCCUAUCAGAAAGUUAGAAUUAUAUUCCAUUUCCUCUUGGGAUUCUCUGGCAGGUGAAACACCCCUGCAGGAUCUGUGGCAUUUCUUCAUCUAAUAAAUACCACUUAGAAGUAGCUUACCACCUCACUAGACAGCCUUUAACUAAUAGGCAAGAUACAGUGUUAACAGACAGUGUUAUCUAGCACUUUCCUUACAGGCUACGCACAGUACCGAUUCAGGACCCUGACUCCCAAAGCUCUGCCGUCUAUUACCUGUGAUAAGCACGUCAUAUUAUGUCUUAGCCACUUCUGCAUUGUGUCUUACAUGCCCAAGAAGGCAACAGACAAGAAGCUUUACCCCUUAGGUUGAGUAUCUACUCAGUUCAACAAUAUUUCUGAGACAUUUACUGUGUGUUAAGCACUUAGAGGGCAAAAGCUACAAGCAUUUCAGUUCCUGCUGCCCAGGCCAGUGGUGGGGGACACAGAUGCAGAUAUCUCUGGCAAGGUGGGUGGUGACAGGAAGUGACAGUCAGUGGCCCUGAGCCCAAAGGGUGUUCAGAAUUGGAGAUAGUUUGUGCUCCCCUGACACAUGGUGGCAAAGCCAGCUAUGAUUUGCACAAAGCAUAGGCAGGGAUAAUCCCUGCUCCAGGCAAAGGGGCCAGCACCUCCAAAGACACAGAGAUUAGGAGAUGGGCUGUCCAGGGAAGAAGAGCCAGGGGAGAUGGAGAUGAGCCUCAAAAGAUGAGCAGUGGAGGCUGAACCCUGCAGUGUUUGAAUGCCUGGCAGAGGACGUGUGAGCCUUCGGUGGUUCCUGAGGAGGAGAAUGACAGGAUCCCCGGUGAUUGGAAAGACUGUGCUCACUGCGGAGGAAGAAACGGAGAGGUAAAUAAGCCACGUGUCAAGGUGGAGGUCUGAGCCUGAAAGAACAAAACACAAAGUGGAAAUUAAAAUCAGGUUUCACCGCUGUUUGGACAUUCCUCAUUUCCCAAGUAGGGUUCGGGGUAGCGUGGACAUGACGGUGACAGAAAGUACUUAAACAUGUUAAAGCCAGGGGAUCAGUAGGAAUUUGGGGUGAUACUUGUGUGCUUCCAACCUUCCUUGAACCCCCUUCCUGUUUUGUUAUGGGCAUUGAGCCUUGGGCCAGCCAGCUUUCUGGAGAUGAAUGGACACACAUGUGCUAUGACUUUAGAUCAGCUCCAGAUCAAGGGGACAGUGCCCGCCAGGAACUUCCCUGGGGCCUGGGAACUUCCCCGGACCCUUGGGGCAAUGGCAUCACCCCUGAAAGCUGACCCACACAGGCUGAGCAGAAAGCAAUCCAGUGGUUUCCUGAGUGCAGGCCAGAGCUUGGCCACGUGGGCAUUCAGCAAGCACAGUGCUGGCAGAGCUGCUGUCCCCAGAGUUCUGAAGUGUCUGGGGCUCACCGGUCACUGGUUCUGUCCCCAGGUAAAGUCCCCGGAUGCACUGAUGGCAUUACUCAUUGGCUGUAUACACAACCUGAGGCUUUAUUUUCUCGUGGGGCUCCAGCAUCCCCACACCUGCCUGAUUUCUGCAAGACUCCAUCACCUCCCCGGGUAGGAAGCCGGAUGCCCAAAACACGGCCAUCCACGGCUGUUCUCUGGUCUUCCCUGCCCACCUGCACUUCACCACUUUAUUCUGCAGGCUGGGGCUCUGAACGCUCUGCAUAGACUGGUGCCUUUGAAGACGGGAGCCCCUCACCCCCUCCCAGCCUGGGGCAGGUCUGCUGACGCCCUCACUCUCAGCUUUAGGUGACGGAGGCUUGCAGGGUGGAGUUGAAUGCUAGGGAGGGAAGGGAGGACUGACAUCUCCUUUGCGUUUCUAGUGGCAGCCAGUCAUCUGGUGGCACCUUGUGGACACAGGAGUCAUCUGAGUGACAUUAGGGAACCCGCCUUGCAGACUGCUGGAUUUCUGGUCCAAAACUGGCCCAUGGGCAAAAAGUUGUUUGUGUGUUUCUCGGAGAAGCUAUGUAAAUGAAGUCACUGUAGAAUAUAUUCUAUGUGGAUGCUUAUAUUUUGUUAACUUCAUGGCUAAUAUGGCAUGUCUUAUUUUUCAUAACACAUGUACUAGGUGCAAAUAACAUUAUGAAGUGUAUUUAAUUAAAAAAUCCAUGCAGUA